AUGCCCUUGCUACAGUCCAUUGGAGAAAAUUUCUGGACUGCUUUGGGUAGCAGUAACCGGCAACAAAAUCGUUUAUUACAUGUACAAAAGGCUAUGCUUCUUAAGAUUUACAAUCUCAAUUACCGCAAAGGGGCAAAAGAUGUUAACAAUUCCAGGAUAGGCAUGCCAAGUUCUUCCAAGAAUCCCUUCACCUAUGAUGGCAGCCCAGGGGUGGAUGAAAAUCCUUACUUUGAAAAUAAAGUUCUCUCCAAAGAAUUUCAUCUGAAUGAGAAUGGUGAUCUAUCUUCAAAUUCCACUGCAAUCAAAUGGAAAUCUGAAAAGGAUUUGAUGAAACAUUCAAGUCAAAUGCAGAAGAAAGACAGCAGAAAGAGGCAGCAUGAAGAACCAGAGAGCUUCUUUACCUGGUUUAUUGACCAUUCUGAUACAAGUGCUGAUGGGUUAGGAGAGGUCAUUGAAGAUGGUAUUUGGCCAAAACCAUUACUGUACUACUUGGUUCCUGAUAUGGAUGACGAAGAAGAAGGAGCAGAAGAUGAUGAUGAUGAAGACGAGGAAGGAUUAGAAGAUAUUGAUGAAGAAAGGGGUGAGGAUGAAGGUGAAGAUGAUGAUGAUGAAGGAAAGGAAGAAGAGGAGGAUGAAGGAGAAGAUAACUAA